AUGUUGCUGGAAGCAGUUUCAAGAGGCAGACUGUACCAAGUCAAAUUCUUACUUGAAUCGUUUACUGAGGACGUGAACAAAGUGGAUGAAAAUCGUCAAACUGCGCUGAUGAAAGCAAUUUUUCUUCCCGACACAAUGCACCGCACGCGUUACAAAAUCGUGAAGAUUCUACUCGACCACAAAGCGCGCGUCAACGUUGUAGACAGAGAAGGAAGAACGGCGUUGAUGUGGGCUUGUAUUCGCGGACAGGAAAACGUGGUCAGAAAGAUCCUCGAUGCUUCAAUUUUAGAUCUGGAUUUGAACGGAGGAGACAAGUACGGCAACACAGCAUUGUUCUACGCCGCAGCGAGUGGUCAAGUGAAUACCGUCAAAAGACUUGUGACAGCGUUAAAACGAUUUGGACUGGAUAUCGAUAAAAAGAACGCGCAGGGAAUGACACCGAUAUUGGAGGCCACUAAACGUGGGCAUGAUGAAUGCGCACAAGUGCUGAUGACCGAAGGUAAAGCUUCUCUAACAAUUAGAGAUCCUGAAACGUUUCUAAACACCAAAGAAUGGGCUGAAAAGCGUUCUUUGACGAACUUAUCGGAACUGAUUGCACGAAGAAGCCCCUCGCCGCAACUUGCGGUACAGAACGUUGAGAACGAUCCGGAGCUCGACGAUCAGAUCUCAUCGGCCUCAGAUUUGGAAAAUAAGAACACUCAGAGGAACCUUGCUAAUGAGAGCGGUAACGCUAAUGAACAAGCAGCACCUUCGCCGCAACAAAGACGAGGCUCAGUGUCGGAUAAAAAGAUGAAAGGGCCAACGGACACACUUCCUUCGUCAUGGCAGAGCCGAAGUACACCACUGAUGGCAGAAAAUAAAAAAGAGGGAUCCGUUUCCCCAAGGAGUUCCACCACAACUGUAUCUUUAACUAGAAGAAAAAGUGAACUCUUUGAAAAGACUAAAAUUGGUGCGGCUGCCAUUACGGCAAAAUCAGAAAUGUGUCGGCUUCUAAGCUUGUAUGGUAUUCAACACUCUGAGUCCUACAGGCAGAGUUUCGACCCGAUACUUCUACCUCCGAGUGGAUACUGGCCAGAUCCACUGGCUCAUCUCAGAGACAACACUUCAUCCGUAGCGGAUGACGAUUUAGAGUCGAAUUUUUUAGAUGUCCUCCGACCACGCGGAUCAGGUCGUCGGAGAUCUUCGGCUUUUCCCGGAGCCCCUGACAUGGGUCGUCGUGGGAGCAGUGUCGCCGGUCGAAGAGGGUCGAUGAUGCCCAACGGAUCCGGUAUGGGAAUGGGAAAGAGAGGUUCUAUUGCUCCAUCAUUGAUGUCGAUAGGGGGAGGUAAAAACUUUCUGGAGGCUCCAGGACUUCUAACGUCGCGAAGAACGACGCUAUCUGCAAACAAUACAAGGGGGACGACAUCACUCAGCCCUUUCGACAGGAGGGGCUCACUUAUGCCGAGAGGAAGUGAACAGACGAGACCGACGCUCCCUCGCCGGAUAACUACGCACAUAGCAGUUGGAUUAGGGCACAUACAGGAGAGCUAG